UGUUUCCGGUGUCUUAUAACAUUUUACUUCCUUCCACACAGACCGACACGAACAAGCCGAGAAAGAAGACGUCGCUAACUUUUAAACACUGCUGCCGACGGUCGCGUUUAGCUUUUAGUUUUCGUUUAAUCCUCCUCGUGAAAUCCGGGGCAUGUGGCGAGUGGUGGCUGAAUAUUGAAGAAUUGUUGGAAAAAGAAGAGCUCAGCGCUUAGGCCUCCGAAGAAAGUUUGGUCGAGGGCCUGUAAACAACAUGUCCUCCGCCUCGCAGGCUUCCUCUAGACGGCAAUGGUGCUACCUCUGCGAUCUGCCCAAGAUGCCCUGGGCCAUGCUGUGGGAAUUCAGCGAGGCCGUGUGCCGCGGAUGCGUCAACUACGACGGGGCAGACCGGAUAGAGCUCCUCAUCGAAACUGCCAGGCAGCUGAAGAGCACCCACGGGGUUUUAGACGGUAGGUCUCCUGGUCCACAGCAAGGCAAACCCAGCUCCGGUGGGCCCAUGGAAGGAGGGCGGCAGCAUGGGGAGCGCUUGGAUCGGGGGAGGGGAGGAGAAUAUGGGGUUUCCUCUCGCCUGCCCAACGGUCUGCACAGAGCUGAAGAUGUGGCCAUAUCAGAGGGGAGCCGACAGAGCCCCAACACUCGCAGAGCUAUGGCUGGGGCAGUUCCUGCUCUACACGGGACCAUAUCACAUGCCUUGCUUGCCCAGGGGAUAGUAGGGGCCUCUCAUGGCCUUUUAGCCCCAUUGUCAGGCUCCAGGGCUGGGGCACCGCCUAUUGCAGUCUCAGCUGGUCCUAUAAUAGGUGAUGCUGGCAGAAGACAGGCUGUGUCCCUGGGUGUGGGACCCAGUACCUCCACUUUGGUGGGUAUAGAUGCUGGAGUGUGGAGGAACAGUGAGGUGAUGGCCGAGCUGGCAGAGAGCGCCCGCAGCCGGGCCGAAGGCUGGCCAAACCGCCCCAAAGCAGUCCGGGAUGUGCUGGUGACCCUCAGUGGCUGUGUCCCGUUUAAUGUGCGCUUCAGGAAAGACCAUAAUCUGAUGGGGCGUGUUCUAGCUUUUGACGCCAGCACAGCUGCCGAGUUCGAGCUGAAGGUGUUUGUGGAAUAUCCCAUUGGCUCCGGGGUGGUCUUCUCAGGAAUCCCAGACCUGGUCAGGCAGAUGUUCCGCGACUCAGCCAAAGAUGCAGGGAAGGCGGUGAACUCUGGACUGCGCUACGUGGAGUAUGAGAAGCGGCAGGGCACAGGGGACUGGCGUGGGCUCCCUGAGCUGCUUAACGACAGCGUGCGCUUGUUCAAGGAACCUCCCAUCCCGGAGGUGCUACCCCAGCCAUACCCAGAUGCAGGGAUGCCCAUGGCAGUCGCUGGCCGCCCAGUACCUCCAAAGAGCACAACACGACGACGCAAAGCCUCUCCCGGGUCAGAGAACGGAGAGAGUGAAGGGAGACCUGACCAUCCACCUAGGGAGCCCUGGCCCCGAGGUGCUUACCCAGGCAUGGAGCCCCUGCCUGGCAUGGCUGCUCCCCAGGAGGGCCCACCUCGUUUACACAGCCAGCCCUCGCCCAUUUCAGCACUGAUGGGAGUUGCAGACAGCCUGAGCUCCAGCCAGAUGGCCAGAGAUAGCCCCAGCAUGUCUGUGGCCCACUCCUCUGCAGCUGGACGUCCCACCAGUGGCAGCCCCUCGACAGCCUCCGCCUCCGUCUCCCAGGCAGCCAUGGCGCAGGGUUCGAGUGCAGGGGGGCCAAGCGGCGCCAGCGCCGGGGAGUCAGCAAGCAGCGCACAGGGCACCUUGCUCUGCUGCACCCUCUGCCGAGAGCGCUUAGAGGACACUCAUUUUGUCCAGUGUCCCUCUGUCCCACACCACAAGUUCUGCUUCCCCUGUACCAGAGGCUCCAUUCGCAGUCAAGGCCCAGGAGGAGAGGUGUACUGCCCCAGUGGAGAACGCUGUCCCCUGGCUGGAUCCACGGUGCCUUGGGCCUUCAUGCAGGGAGAGAUCUCUACGAUCCUGGCUGGAGACGGAGAUGUGACGCAGAUACAAGGGAGCUGUCCUGAAAGGGCCGGGCAGUUUGAAAUGAGACAGACUCCCAAGUCAAAGUGCUGAUUGUGAGCUUUAAUUUCAGUGGAUCAAACAACACUUUGAAAGCACUUCCCUGAUUUCUCACCCAGAGGCGCACGUUGGCUGCAGUUAAACGUGCGCGCCUCUGAGCUGCAGUGAGAGCCCAGAAUAACCAUGAACCCCAGGACAGCUACAGAAACACCGUUUAUAAGAAAAGACACAACAAACAAGACUCACUUUUGAGUAGAGGGACACACGUCUAUUUGUUAGGGCUUGGCUCAUUUUUUGAGGUGUUUUCAAGAGCGAUCGCCUGAGUCCUGAAGAAAUCUCUCUCGUGUCCAAUGCAACAGAGGCUCCUCAUGAGGCCUUGUUUUAAAAGCCCAGGAUUGAAAGCACAGGUGUGUUUUUAAGAAUGACAAUCUGUUAUUUUUUGUCCUUUUUGUUUCUAUUACCUAAGUUGCAUACUGUGCUCUACAAAUGAAUGACACCGAUAUUGAUAGUACAUGGUGUGACAGAAUCAUGCAAACAUUUGAACUGAAAAAUAAAUGAAUGUCCAAAACACGGCAAAACCAUUAGGUCCUUAAAAGCCAAGGUUUGAAAAAUGUAAUCACACAUUGUCUCCUAGGUAUGCUCCUUUAUUACAUAUAUUGUAUGUCAAAAAUGUGAAUUUACUUUCAAUGGCUAUGUAAUUUCUAUUUUUGAUACAAUACAAAUUUAUAUGUAUUUGUUUAUAGUAAGUGAUAAGAAGACCAAAGAUGGCUUCAUGCUCUAUGUAAUUUUAUUGUAUUGUAGCUGUGUAUGCUGUAUUCACUGAUAACCUUGGCAUUGGUCACUAAUUUCUUCAUCUAUCACAGAAGUAAGCUUGUUUUUGUCUAAUAUUUACUUUUUUGAAUUAUAUAUAUGGUAAGAUAAUUAGCACCACAAUCUUCAAUGGUUAACCCACAUACCCAUGUGAUCUUUAAGAGGUCAACUCUAUAAUAAAUUACAGAAUAGUUAUUACA